AUGCUUCCAUGGAGUGCGCCAAUAGAAGAACUGUCACGACUGUCUUCACGUAGGGAGGGUAUUUUCACUGAAUUGCGAGAUCGAGGACCCGGUGUUUGGAGUUCGAAAAAUGUGUCCAAUAACCUGGUUCCAAUUAAUCCAGACAACGAUUAUCCAGAUCCCAUUAGACGUAUUAGAAAUACCCCAUUACGACCUCAGCACUUUGAACUGGUUGAACCAACCCAAUCGAUUGCCUGUGAGACGGAUUGUGUUUCUGUCAGCGAUCGUUCUACUCAUGCUGCUGUUCCUGUACGUGAUGCAUCCAUAUCCGCACAGUCUUCAUUCUUCUGCGACCCGGUUGAGCAUGAAGAAAUGAAAAGGCGAAUAGAACAACUGCAAUCAGAAAAACUUGAGGCUUUACAAAAUGUCCAUCGUGUCGAACUUCGUGUUCAGGAACUGGAACUGAAAACUCAGGCUUUACAAUCGGAUGCGCUUUACUACGCGAAAUUAGCAGAAUGCUACUCUGACUCGUGUGACACGUUACGGGCAAGCCAUGAACAGUCGGUGCGAAUGAUAUACAAGCUCCUGCAAGCUUUACUUCAGCGUACAGAAGAGAUGCAAUUAUUGACGAAAACGUUAGCAGAUGCCGUGGUCUUUGACGAAGUGAAUCUUUCCAAGCCUACCGAUGCCUUAACUCAUAGGACUGAUUUGCAGUCCGAUGUUUUGUGGGAUAAAAAGCUAUCCAAAGCUCGACAACCAGCCUGA